AUGUCCAAUGACGCUGAGCACCAGAACGUGAUCCGGCACAGAAACGGCCGGAGUCUGCGGACGGGCGACGCCAACCAGCUGAGUCCGUCGGGAGUGCAGCCGGCUAUAUUCGGCACGGAGAACUCGAGCGUUGUCAUCGCCAGCAUCGGCAGCACCACCGUCUUGCCGUGCACCGUCAAAAAGCCUGUGUCUGCGUACGCGUUAUUUUUCCGAGACACGCAGGCGGCGAUCAAGACCUCGAAUCCAAAUGCCAGCUUUGGCGAAGUUUCCAAAAUCGUGGCCAGCAUGUGGGACGGACUGGAUGUCGAUAACAAAAACGUAUACAAGAAAAAGACAGAACUGGCGAAGAAGGAUUACCUCAAGGCCUUGGCUGCUUACCGCGCCACGUUGGUUUCAAAGGAGGGCAACGCGGACGGCUCGGGCAUGGUGCAGCAGCCGCACGUUCCUGCGCCGAUGCAGCAGCCACCGCCGCCGCACCAGCAGAUGCAGCAGAUGUACUACAACCCCCAGCAGCCGCAGUACGGGCAGCAGUACCCUGGCCAGCAGCAGCAGCAGUACCAGCACAUGCAGCAGCAGCACGAGAUGAUGGGCCAGGCGCCCCUCACGCCCACUUUGGCCCCCGAGCACACGCGGCAGCACCAGCAGCAGCAUCAACAGCAGCAGUACGCCCAGCAGCAGCAGCAACAACAACAGCAGCAACAACAGGAGCAGCAAGCGAGGCACCACCUCGAUCAGCAAAACCAGAUGCCCCCAGAUAAUCAGGGCUGGAACACGCAGCCGAUUCAGAUCUGCGUGAGGAGCGGCUGCCACAACUGGGCAAUCAGCAACGCCGAGUGGCAAGACGAGUACUGUUCCAAUGAGUGCGUCAUCUCGCAUUGCAGGUACGUGUCUCCCCUGCUUCAAAACAAUUCCCCCGAACAUCAUUUCAUUUCAUUUCAUUUGUUCACCAUUCACAUUUUUUAA